AUGGCGCUCCGCGACAAGGUCAAAGCCAGUGCUCUCUACCGGGAGCUGACGCCCCGUCUGUUCGCGUUGUUCAUGUUCAUCUCUAUUGGUGCAAUCAACUUUGGCAUUGACAAUGGCUGGUGGGCAGCGGUCAUCACCAUCGACGACUUCAUCGAAACUUUUGGUCGUUGGGAUCCUGUAAAACAAAAAUAUACGCUCCCAUCUUCCUGGCUCUCCGCUGGCAGUGGCACAGCCAACGCUGGCAUGGCACUCGGUGCUUUCGCAGCUGGUCCUAUCAUCAAGAAACUUGGUCGACGGUUGUCAGUCGUCGUGAUUGUCGCUAUUGCCCUGCUCGGGAUGAUCCUCCAAAUUUCCAUCCACAGCUACUGGGGUAUCAUGGCUGGUCGCACCAUCAAUUCCUUCUCGAUGGGUAUUGAGAUCAACAAUGUCCCGAUGUACAUGUCGGAGCUCUCGCCACCAGCCAUCCGUGGUUCACUCGUGAAUCUCUUUUCGUGGUGGGAAAUGAUUGGUGUCCUGAUUGCCAAGGGCAUUUGCCACAACACUAUGCGCACAUAUGCGAACAGUGCUUGGUCGUGGAGAACUGUCCUUGUUUUCCAGAUGAUAGUUCCAGUGAUCAUGCUGUGUGCUUUGUGGCUGGUGCCCGAAUCUCCCCGCUGGUUGAUCCAACGCAACCGUCACGAGGAAGCCGAAAAGGCUCUGGCAUACAUUCGAAAGGGUGUUGCCACAGACGAGGAGGUUCACGAAGAACUGGUCCUGACCCAGCAGGCUGUCGCUGAACAGGAAGAAUUGCACAAGGCAACCAGCUACCUCGACUGCUUCAAGGGCAGUAACGGCCGUCGGUUGAUGAUUGCCACCGGUGUUCAGGUCUUGCAGCAACUAUCAGGCAACGCAUUCAUGACAUCGUACAGUGUUAUUUUCUUCGCGCAAGUUGGCCUUACCGACCCUUUGGGCAGUGCAAUGGCUCGGAACGCAAUGGCCAUCGGUGGAUCCAUGUUUGCUUUCUACCUUGCCGAUAAGGUCGGUCGUCGCCCAUUACUCAUUGUCUCUGCUGUCGGCAUGUGGAUUGCGCUGUGGGUGGUUGCGGGUGUUGCCGGCUAUACGACACCAUCAGGCGGAAUGGCCCAAUUCCUUUUGGCUCUCAUGCUGAUUUGGUCCUUUUUCGGCAAUCUUGGCUGGGGCUCCUGUGUCUGGAUUGUCACGGCAGAGGUUCCUACGAACAGUCUACGUGAGAAGACAAUCAGUCUGGCCUCGACUUUCAGCUUCAUCGCCGUCCUCCUUGUCAGCUACAUCAACCCAUAUGUCCAAGGGAGCCCCGGAAACCUGGAUGCAAAGGUCGGCUUCAUCUAUGGCUCCUUUUCGCUAUUGGCCAUAUUCUUUGUCUACUUCUGUGUGCCCGAGUGUGCCAACCGCAGCUUGGAAGAACUGGAUGAGAUGUUCCAGAACAACGUUCCUGCAUGGAAAUUCAAGGGCUAUGUUUGUCACGGCAUUGGGGCUAGACUCACCGAAGUUCAGGACCACAAUGCUGCAGGACUCAAGACGAUCGAGGGCAAGGCUGUCACCAUUACUGAGACUGAGCUUGAGAACCAGAGCGAGAAAAAGGCUUAA